AUGUCUGGUCGGGGCGGGGGUGGGGGUACUGGGCGUGUCCCUCCAACCGCUAGAGGGGGAAAGGGGGCUAAGACUGCGGGGCCGCUCCCGCCCAGAACGGCGGCGGUGAUUAUCACCGUUCCCCGGGGCGGAGCGGUUUUGUAUGCCGAGGUUCUAAGGGCGACGAGGGAGAAAGUCUCCCUCGCCGCCAUAGGGAUUGAAGACAUUAAUUGUCGAAGGGCGGUAACCGGGGGCGUGGUGUUAGAGGUCCCUGGCGAAGGCGCCAAGCAGAAGGCGGACGUCCUGGCGCGGCAGAUUAGUGCUGUGCUAGAGGGGUCCGAAGUGAGGGUCGCCAGGCCCAGCAAGAGCGUGGAGUUGCGAUUAAAGGGCCUGGACGACUCGGUCACCAUUUGGGAGAUAGCGGCCGCCAUCGCCGCAGUUGGCGGUUGCGAAGGGGGGGAUGUGAAAGUCGGGGAGAUCCUCCGUCCCCCUAGGGGUAUGGGAAUCGCCUGGGCGCGAUGUCCUGCGGGAGUCGCGUCUAGCGUAAUGAAGGCAGGGCUCAGGGUGGGCUGGAGCAUACCGAAAGUAGAGCUGCUCCAGACUGGGCUCUGUGCGCCUCCCCGGUGGACCGCAGCGGGCGUUGUUACCGCUGCGGGCAGAGCGGCCACCGGACUGGCCGAUGCUCUGCGGCGGCCCCGAAGUGUCCGUUUUGGGGUUGCCGGCUGA